UCUGAAUCUCCUCGAGGUGUCGAGAGUCUUAACCGCACCUUAGCGCUCACCAGGGCUGUGACUUAGGUCUAUUCGUCGUAUCGCUGUCCCUGGAAUGUUGCCUCGAAAUCGCCCAUAGAUUUUCUUGGUAGACUCGCAGGGCUUUCCAUGGAGCAGUGGCUGCCAGCCGCCUGUAACUUCCGCGAUACCCUGCUCAAGUUACGCGCCGCGCCUGUACAUUUGCUGUCAGCCGCACGCGCGUAUAGCUGCUCCCAUUGCCACCGAGGCCGCAAGUCACAGGUCAAGUCGCCCGGGUCUCCUCCGCUCUUCCCUCGCGCAUCUGUCGCAGAGGCCCUUGGUCUUCGGAGAAGAAAGUUCCCUGACUACCUUUGCCGUCCGGAAAGAGGUCUUCCGUUUGUUCCUACCGUCACUAGCACUGGUAGCUAUCUGUCCUCCCAGGCGUAUACGACAAACAUGUCUGUAGAACCCAACGCACCUUGCGUGCGCACCUCCGAUCGAGGCCAGAAUCAGCGUCAGCAGCACAGAUGUGCCUCCAUCUGCUAUCGGGGAAUGCGGGGAUGCGUCCCACGAGACGGAGCUGCCGAGCAAGAGUCGCAUCGCCAUUCACCCAAUACGCCUAGGGAUCUUCACACCACCGCCCUCCCUGCCUUCCAUCCGCACGCCUGACGCCUUGCCCGCGCAUAAUACCCGCGCUCUGCCGCGCGGAGAGCAGCGCGCGGGCUAGCCCUCCCACAUGGAGGUGUGCAGCCUCUGCGUGCGGCGCCUUCGCGCAAAUCCCACCGUGCUUUACCGGCGGCAGCUGGCC